UAAGUUCUGUCUAAGGAGUAUCUGUUCGAACCAAGUUACACGUGGCUGCGUGGCUGGUGUGUUGAAGCACCGCCCCAAUGCUUCAAUCGUGUUUACGUAAGGCAAAUGGACAGUUUCCACAACCUGGCGCCGCACCGUCGACACCUGUCUUGUAAGAGGUAGGCGAUUUACCUACAACCUUUGAUUCAUCGCCCUUUGACAGAGGCAGUCUCACGCUUCCCCAAAUUCUAACACGUCGCCCAAGACUCUGGCCCGUCAAAAUGAUUCUCCUCGGGAACCUACUCUACGUCUCUAUCCUCCUCAUAAACGCAAUCGCCAUCCUGUCCGAAGACCGCUUCCUAGCACGCAUAAACCUCUCGUCCACCUCCUUCGACCCAGCAUUCGGCGCCGGCCCCGACUCCCAAAGCGUAAAGGCAAAAGUCGUCAACCUAAUCGCUAGCGUCCGGAUGGUUAUGAGAAUUCCUCUAAUAGCGAUCAACACUUUAAUAAUACUCUACGAGCUGGUCUUGGGUUAGAGAGGGGAUAUGCAAGUAUGACGAGCGAUGGCGGACGUAUAGGGGCUUGCAUUCGGUUUCAACCAGGCGUUCGGGUGUACAUACACUUUGGUUUGGUGUAAUAUGGCUAAAAUGAGAUCGGCAAUGUGAGACGCGCUGUCGUGCGAAGGGAGGUUUCGAGUGACAGCGACACGUCAAGUCAACACUAUACAAUCAAGAUUCGGUCCAAGAUGAUGGCGAUUGAAGCUCGUCUUUUUUUUCUUUUUCGUACCUCUGCUACUACAAGGGUUACGA